AUGGUGGCCCUUUGGUGCGUGUUUCGGGUUACAUUGCCAAGAUACACGGCCAUUCCUUCCCGCGGCGCCAUCGCGCGACGUAUCUCUGCCGCGUCCACCACCGUCAUGAUGUCCGCUCCAGGAGCGCUAUGUCCAGAGUUUCACCCGACGCCCGAAGAGUUCUCAUGUUUUGCCACGUAUGUGCGCACUAUCGUCGAACCAGCGUGCCAUCGCAUCGGCAUGUGCAAGAUCGUGCCGCCGGCAGGAUUCUUCACGCGGGCAUACGACGACCUCGAGUUCACGAUCCCCACGCCGUUGACGCAGUACGUGGCGGGCAAGAAGGGUGUGUUCCAUGUCGAUUUGGUCACUCGGAAGAGCAUGUCGUUGGAUGCAUUCCGAGCUCUGGCGGCUGCGGCAUCUCCCAACGACAUUGAUGAUCCAGCAUUAGCACCGCUAGACGUCCUCGAGCGCAAAUUUUGGAAAGGAUUGCGGCCGACCAUGGACCCGCCAACGUAUGGCGCCGACAUUGUGGGCUCGUUGUUUGGCGAUAGUCCAGCCAUGUCGUGGAAUGUGAAUAAUCUAGACUCAAUCUUGCGAACGUGGGUCGAUUUGCCCGGGAUCACGCAAGCGAUGCUGUACUUUGGGAUGUGGAGCGCCAUGUUUGCCUUGCACACGGAAGACAUGGAAUUGUACAGUAUCAACUACCUCCACACAGGCAGCCCCAAGGUGUGGUACACGGUGCCUCCAGCACACGCUUCGCGCGUGGAGCGGGUGUGUCAGACCAUGUUUCCUCACGAGCACAUGGCUUGUCAUGAGUUUCUGCGUCACAAGACAUCCCUCGUCGCGCCAUGGAAAUUCCAAGAGUUUGGCCUCCCCUAUUCCAAAGCCCUACAAGGCCCAGGCGAGUUUAUCAUUACGUUUCCUCGUGCGUACCACCAAGGGUUCAACACAGGAUUCAACAUUGCCGAGAGCGUGAAUUUUGCCACGUUGCGAUGGAUUCCCCUAGCGUUAGAAGCCAAGGUGUGCAAGUGCGUACCGCACAACGUUACGUUGGACAUGGACCUGUUCUUGACGCAGCUGUUCAAAGCCAGUCGCCCCGGCAGUCGCGCAUUGACAUCAGACGACUGGGUGUUUAGCUGUGUGUGCCUCAAGUUUGCCAGCAGCGCCGAUCCGUCCGUGGUGGUCGAGGACAAAUGGUUUGAAUGCUCGUCGUGCCUGAUUUGGUGCCACUUGCGAUGUCGGUACCCCGACUUGUGGGCUGCUGCUGCUCAGUUGUGUCUGAUAGGAUGAUACAUCGUUGCCGUCGACGUUGCUAUGCCACCGCUGCUGCUGUGAUGAUGAUUCAGUUCAAGGCACGAGGAGGAGUAUAUCCCGAUCUGCACCAACUCCUUCCCCGCCCCCCCCCAAACGAUCCAGAGCGGAUGUCUACGCCAAGAACGCUCGCAUCUUGAUUGCAUCUGACCGCGGUGUUCGAGAGGCCAAGGUCGUGGCAGUGGACGGCGCGUUCGUGCGCGUGCACUUCAAGGGCGAAGCGUGCGCCACAGACGAGUGGAUUGCGUCCACGUCGUCGGCGAUUGUCGAAGGCAGCAGUCCCACUCCCCAGAAGCCCCCCCCCGCCAAGAAACGUCGUCCAUCGUCCAUUAACAAGACCCCAAGAACACUGCCAAAACGACCAAAACACCAACCCAAGGCAUCCUCCAAAGUUAACUAAGACAUGUAGUAAUAGUACUACUACUUACUACCCCAGAGUAGACAUCCUAGGUGCAAUGAAUGUCGUACAGUGUAUGUAGGCUUGGCCAAUGUAUCCUAACCAAAACUGUAUAUAUACCAUGUCCUUG